UUAAUAAUAAAGGAAUGGGUAGAUUUUUGGUAUGAUGUUAUGGUUGGACCUAAACAAAGUCUAGAUAAUGACCAAUUAGUAAAUUCAAACUGUACAAAUAAACGAAGGCUUUUUAUUGCAACGGACGAACCAAAUUCUGUUUUAGAAGAAGCUAAUAGAAAAUGGGGAAAUAAAUACGAAAUUUAUCAUGGCAAACAGGAUUUACAAUAUGGAUAUCAUCAUGAUGAUCCUGAAAGAAUAUCAAGGGAAGCUUUAAUUGAAUUGCUAUCUGAACUUCGUAUUCUUUCAAACUGUCAAUUUGUUGUUUGUACAUUUAGUAGUAAUGUUUGUCGUUUAACUUAUGAACUUAUGCAAACCAUCAAAGGUGACGCUAGUGAAAAUGUACAUUCGUUAGACUAUUUUUAUGCUGAGUAUUGGUUCGGUAAGGAAAAUUUGUAA